AUGGAAAUCGAUGGGGGUCCACCUCCAUUCAUCGGCGCCGUUGACAAGAAUCCACAUGAAGAUGAACUAGAAGAAGACGUCUACGAGGACGAGUCACUCGACUCAUCACACCUUCCGUUACCUCCAGAUGCGAAUAGAAGUCGUUCAGUGACACCGGAUAGAAGUCUGAAUUCUGACUCGAUUGAUGUGACGCAAGUCUCGUCGUCGGCGUCACCUCCGAAUGUGUUGGAUGAUAAUGAUAAAGGGGAUACGGUGAAAACCGCCAUUUCCCAAAACGAUUGUCCGGAAUUUCAGACGACGUCCGAUAAAGAAGACGUGAGUCAGAAGGAGAAUGAUGACGAUGAUGAAUGGGGAGAUUUCGGAGAAGUCGUUUCAGCCGCUCCUAUUCAAAAUUUCCACGUCAUAAAAAAUUCUGAAAAUUUCACGCGGAAAAUCUUCCACGUUUUCAUGAAUUUCGCUGUAAAAUCUAGACUUCUUUUGCCACCCGUAAAAAACCGUUUUGUUGAGAAAUUUGGACUUUUUAUUCAAUACAACGUCAUAAAUAAGGUUAGCAGUAUGAGUAUGAGCAAUUAA